AUGGACACUCGCAAGCGAAAGAAGAAGGUGCUCCUGAUGGGCAAAAGCGGCUCCGGGAAGUCGUCCAUGCGGUCCAUCAUCUUCAGCAACUACGUCGCAAAGGAUGUCCGACGUCUCGGAGCGACCAUCGAUGUCGAACACAGCCAUGCUAAAUUCAUGGGCAACCUUACACUUAACUUGUGGGACUGUGGAGGACAAGAUGCGUUCAUGGACUCAUACCUCAACGCGCAGCGAGAGAACGUCUUCUCCGACGCCCAAGUGCUCAUCUACGUGUUCGACAUUGAAUCGCGGUCGGUCGACCAGGACCUGGAAACAUACAGCCAAGUGAUCAAGGCGUUGAAGGAGUACAGUCCGACAGCACAUGUCUUCUGUCUGAUCCACAAGAUGGACCUGGUGCAGACGGAGCACCGCGAGCGCAUCUAUGAAGAGCGGUGCAAACUGAUUGCCGCACGCUCCGAGGGCCUCAGUCUGGAGACGUUCGCCAGCAGCAUCUGGGACCAGACCCUGUACAAGGCUUGGGCAGGGAUUGUGCACAAGAUGAUUCCGAACCUCGUGGUGAUCGAACGGUUCCUGCAGGCGUUCGCAAAGCAGUUGUCGGCCGAAGAGAUCGUGCUCUUCGAACGCUCCACGUUCCUGACCGUCACCAACGUCGUCACCGAGUACGGCGAAGACAAUCCACACCCGGACCGGCACGAACGCAUCUCCAAUAUCUUUAAGACCUACAAACACACUGUCGCGAGGAAUACCAGAACCACGGCUGCAAGCGCGGGCUUCAUCCUGUUCAAAGUCCAGACGCAGCGCUUCAAUUGCUUCCUUGCACGCUUCACGGACAACACUUACAUCUAUGUCGUCAUUCCGCCGGGAGAGGCUGCUUUCAACUGUGCCGUGCUGAACACCUUGAUGGCCAGAGACGCCUUUGCUAAGAAGACGGGUGUCGAAGGCUGA